CGGACAUGAGUCCAGCCAGUAGCACAACCUCCCUCCCUGUUAGCCCCCUUCCUGAGGAGCCAUUGUUUUUCAAGGAUGGAAUAAAAGAUGAAUGCUCACUGCUGAAGCUGCAGCUGAAGGAGAGAGACGAACUCAUAGCCCAGCUUCGUGAGGAGCUGGAAAAGGCUCAGUGCUUUCAGAAGGCUCUUGCUUCCCAAGCAGAUAAAUCCACACAGACAGAACUCGUAGGACAUGAUACUACGUAUCCAGUCAGAAUGGUGAGCCAAAAUCUCAGCACAAGGGACAGAAAGUCAGCACAUACUCCCACCGAGGACCCUUUUAGACACCCACCAGGCAACCAAGCAGCAGCGUACGAAAGCAAGAGCUGUCAGCUGUCUAAUUUGUGUCUGAGCAGCCUCCUGAAGGAGAAGGAGAUCGUGGAAGUCAUCAAGCACACGCGAGGCACGUACGAAAGCCUGGCUUCAGAGGUGACGCAGAACGGUUUGGCCCCCAGCGCGGCGAAGCCGGCAUCCGCGGCCGACGGCUUCCCCGUGUUCUCAGGAGCUGCGAAGGACCAAAGCGCUGUGCCUCGGCAGCACACCACCUUCACAGGGAGACUGGGACAGCCCCCCAGGGGACCCAUCUCUUUACACAUGUACAGCAGGAAAAACGUUUUCCUCCACCACAAUUUACACACGGCAGAGCUGCAGACUUUAGGUCAACAGGAUGGCUAACGAGGUGCUUAUUUUCUUGCCGUGGAAGGAGAGUUGAUUAAAGAGGGAUGUAAGCUCACCUAGAGCUCUUCUUCAGUUCUCAUCUGCUGCUACUUUCACGUGAAAAAAAAAAAGAAAUUAAAUUUGAACAUUGUGUGUAGGUUCCGUAUUUUCCCACCUCGGACUGAGGCAAAAGGAUGAACGAGAUUGUUAAAUAACUGGGCUGAUUUGUCUUGCAGAAGUCAUGGGUUUAAUAAGUGGUACCAUUGGCUGGCACUGCUAGUCCAAUAUUGGCUAAAUAUAUUUUUUCCCCUCUAUAAAUCACUAUCAUUCCCUGGAGUUCUAGAAGAUGAUCUUAAAUAAAACCUGUAUGUUUAAUAAUAUUACCGUUAAAGUAGAUGUGAGGAAUAAAUAGAUAAGUAAUUAGUAAACCCUCAUGAAUUUCAUAGACAUUAGGGAAAUUAGGAGUCAGAAACCUUUCAGGACCCUCUUUUUACACUUCUAUUUUUUAAUACAGUGAAAUUUGGUCACUUACAGAGUGUUACCACUUCCUGCUGUAUGUGUUUCAUGAGUGCCUCAUGCCACAAGUGGAGGAAGUGAUUGAUUUUCCUCUAACAGGUUCAUAGAGAUUCACCAGGUAUUUGAGUCAGUAAAUUAGGUCCCAGACUGAGGAUGUCAGCUUGUUUCCUCAACCUUCCCUCUUCAACACUUUUAUUUAACUACAUUUUUUUGACUGUUUCUGUUCUAUAAGGGCAUGUCAAAUUGUGGUGAUCUUUGUGCUUUACAGGCACUGUAGCACUCAUGAUGCAAUGUGACAUUCUGCUGUGUAAUUCAUCCUGUAAUUUCAUUUCACUUCCCAAACCAAAAAAUGUGUGAAAGACUAAAGUAACGUAAUAAUAAUAAGGCAGUAUAAUCUUUUUCCCCACGCCAACCAACCUGCAUCAGUCAUAAUUUCUGUGGGUUGUGUCAUCUGCAUUUAAGGACCUGUUGGUUUACACCAGUUCAGUGGGUUUGUUAGUCUUGACAGGUUACAAACAAGUGAGAUUAAUUUAUUACCUGGUCUCACAGGAGUGUGAAGUCAUCUGACCAUGCCACAGAGACCUGUCAGUAGCAAAAGAUCUGGUUUUACCCUCUCAGAGGUUUGGAAACCUCUGAGUCCAGUUACUCCAAACAUGUGUCAUGUGUGAAACAUGACACUUCAUUUACAACCUCUCUGAUGCAGGGUAAUCUGUUUGAGUUGCAAUGGCACAUGCAGUUAGUAGUUUAAAAAUAAUUUGGCAUAUUUAAGUACAAUUGAGUCAGAUCUGAGACAGGUCACCUCUCUCGUUAACUGGUGAUUAAUAGGGAAAGACAAGGGUGUAACAUGUUCUCACACACAGAAACAAGCCAUUGUGACUUAACAUGUAAAAUAAAGCUUCUGCAGCCACUUAAAAUCUGCAACUUUUAAAUGUUAAGUCACAUGGAGUAUAUGAAAUGAAGACAAAAAUUUGCUUAGUGUUAAAUGUAUCUGCUUCACUGCUUAAUAUUUGGAUUAAUACAAGGAAAUUGCAUUAACAAGUCUUGCUUAGACUAAGAAAAAAAAAUAGACUAUGAGCUUGGCAGAUAUUUAGUAAAGUAAUUUCAGCAGCCUGAAAUUUCAGGCUUCUGUUUAUUGAGGAUUUUAUUUUGAUUAAAGCUGAUUUUAUUACAUUAUCUGAUGUUGAAGAGAGCAGGUUUUGUCUAAAUAUUCUGCAGUGAUCAUUUUUGGUACCCAGAGAUGGAUGCAUAAGCACCAAGACAAACAUUUGCCAAAAUUCUUUGUGUUCAUGUGUGCAUUGCUACUGCCAAAACAGAAUGUGCAAAAAUUGCAAACACAGCUUUACCAAAUUAACUGUGGGUAUUCAAGACUCCCAGUCCUGCAUUGAGACUCAUAAUUUAAAGUCUAUCAAACAAGAUAAAAAUAGUAAUAAGAUAAUUUCACUACUCAAAAUCAAUUUUUCUUCUCAGCAAUAUCUUAAAGUCAUGGUAGAUUGAAAGGACAAUUAAUUCUUACUAACGAUUCUUUUCAGUGUUGCUCAUCUCAAGAGCUGAUGUAUGCAAUUCAAUUUGUGAUCUGUAAAUAUGUUAAACAUACACUGUAAUCAAGGAAUUUUAUUUUUUUUUUCCAGGAUACAAAUGUACUCUACUGUUACAAAAAAAAAAAAAAAACAAAACAAAAAAACCUCAAAACUAAACAAACCAAUACCCUCUUCAGUUUUAGGUUAGGUACUGUAUCUAUAGUUGUUUUUUUCCUGGGAAAAUGGACUUUUGGAUUACACUUCAUUUAAAAAAAAUCCCAUCUACAAACUUCAAAAAUAGCAUUUUAAAUGCUACUAUUUUCUUGGAGAAUCUUUUAUAGAGCUGAAACUUAAAAAAAAAAAUUGAAAAAAACAGUUCAAUGAAAGUGAUGGUUAUUUUUAAAAUGUCAUCUUGAAGCUGUUUUGUAUCAGUAUUUUCAGCAUUAUUUGUAAUACUAAGUGUAAAUCUCGCCCAGAGAAGGGUAUUAGCCACAUGUUAAUGUACAGUACAGCAGUAACUGUAAAAGAGGACCUUUCUUUGAUCCUCUUGUGUAUAUAGGAAAUCAUAAAGCAACAGCAUGUGGACAUUCUUGCAGUGAAUUGAUUCCUUUGUACUAAAAAUCUCUAGUUUUUUAAGAGUUCCAUAUACAAAAUGAUUUAUACAUUUCUCCAAGGCUGUACAUAUCCAAAGACAUGACACCAGGGGAAAAGGCAUUUAUUAUUUUUUUUUCCAUGGAUGUACCUUUCUUCCCUUCUUUUUUUUUUUUUUUUUCUCUCUUUCUGUACAACAAAGCAUAACUGCAAAGUUUCUGCUUAAAAAUACUUGUUAGUUCCAUGUCUUUCAGUGUGAUAGAGGGCAUUUUAAGGAGGAGGAAAUCCCUGAAGAAAAACUGUUUCCAUUUGAAGCAGAGUCCGUCCCACUUUUUUAGAGCAAUCACUUUGCAAAAGAAACCUUAGAUCUGUGCCCUAAAUAUUUUUUUAAUAAUUUAACAGAGCCACACCUGAAAUGUGCUUAUCAUCAUCUCUAGACUUAACCCCAACUAGGACAUGUUCAUAAAAUACAAUAACAUGCUAGGGCCAGCCCUGGUCAUAAAUUGUUGAGAUGGAAGGAAAACAUUUGUCCAAUACUGUUUUUAUCUUUGGCUUUCUGAGCAGUGGAAAGGGGUUUUUGUAUGUGCAUGUGGAUGAAGCUCAAGCUGUGUGCUUGUGCACACUGGAAAAAGAAAUCUUGCUACAAAGCUCUCCUCUAUUUAGGCUAUUUAUCAGCAUAUGAAAGUGUCCAGCAACAGAAAUUUCUGCCACCUUUCCAGACAGCCCAGCCCUCUGUAUGUAAAAUGAAACAGCCAGAAAAGAUUCCUUUACUUCAGUCCAGACUCUUACUGGUUUCUAUUCCACACAACUCCACAUAAAUGUUAGAAGGGCUUUAUUUAUGUGUUUUUCUUCCUGGGUAUUAUGAAAGGAGGGUGUAUAUCCAGACUAAGAUGCUCAAAUAAUGUUUAGAUAAGCAUUUGAAAGCUUACCAAAGUGUUCAUGUUUGUCCUACAGGUUCAUUUCAGUCAUUACAAGUUCAUUACCAAUAAAAAUUGGUGGUUUUCUCUUUCAAAAAGCCAGUUUGAAAGUAAUGAUUUCUGUCUGUGCUGAUUCACUUUAUACUGUUAAAUACACAGUGCACUCUUCAGAGUAAUAAAAAUGAGGUGUUUACAAAUCAGUACUGGACUUUAUAUGCCCUGAGAGUUGUGCCAUAUCUUCACUGGUUUGAUUGGUAUGACACUGACUUCCAUUAGGUUAUACCAAGUUGAGUCACCUGGUGACUGAGAUUGUGGCCUUUAAUCCAGCCAAUCUCAGUUUAUGCACAGGAGAUCUCUAAAUCUGGAAAUCUUUCCUGGGUCACAAAAAAAAAGACAAGAAAAUACUUACUCUAACAAAAACAUCAGAUUGAGACCUAUGGUGAGUGCACUUUUUUUUCCCCCCUUCACGUUCAAAAUCAAAAAACCCCCUUGUACAUCUACAUAAUUCACAAGUGAAGCAGAGUAACAUCUAACAAAAUGCAAAAUCUUGAAAUAAAAACCUGGAGAAAAAAAAUACAGGGGAGUCUUCUCACAGAUGUUUGUAAAGUUGAUAAGUUUGUAAAGAUGUUGGUAACUUCUGUAUCUGAGUGCAGUAAUGAAAUAUGUUCUAUGGCCUCUUCCACUCUCUGCUGAAUUUUUUCAGAGGGAGAAUUUUCUGUUUGAAGCUUGUUCUAGACAAAGCAGAGAGUACAGUCUGAGAAAGUAGAUUGAAAAUAUCUGUGCAGGUCUUCUCCCAACUGGGAGAAACACACAGCAUCCUUUCCUUUCCAGGAUGUAUCUUAGUGUUCUUCAGCCAGCAAGAAGCUGACAGAGAUUCCUCAGGAGAAAAGCCUCAAAUCACACAGGCCACAGCUGUCUUUAAAUGGGCUUGACUUUAACAUGUCCCAUAGAAGGCACUUCUAAAAUAAUGUGGAAAUUUCAGCAGCUGCAGAGCACACCUUGCUGGGUUGUUGGGGCUUUGUUUUUGAGACAAGAAUGCCAUGUGCUGGUUUUAACCUUGUAAACUCUGUUUGGAGCUGGCUUGCUCGCUGGUGAUCUACCCAGGAUGUGAGAGUUUAUCCACUGUAAUGGAUAUGAUACUAACUCCUCACAGUUUAAAGACCUUGGAUAUCCUCCCUGAGGAGCUUGGGAUUUGCAAUGUAUUUUCAGUCUAGGAGAACUAUCUGGAUUUAAUUAUCUUCUUCUUCAAGGAUCUUCAGUUGUUGCAAAGUAGAAAAGAAACUUACUUAUUGAAGUAUUUUGGAAAGAUUUUUUGAUUAUUUUUAUUUUAAAAUACACUUUAACAGUAUCUCCCUGUAUCUAAACACAAAAAAAAAAAAAAAAAAGGAACAAAACCCCAACUUUUAUCAGGAUAUAUUUCCCAUAAAUCUGUGAUUCUCACUAGCCACAGCUGUCACUUGCAUUCUGUACAGCUGUGAAAUAUUUUUGGAUUUGCUGUUUUUGUUGCCUUCAUUACCUCUAGUUCUGGGGUUUUUUGCCAUCAAUCCAGUACUUGAAACACACAGGGAGGGCUGUUGAGGAUUUCUGUGGAAGUAAUCCUAGUACUCUGAAAGCAGUGCAACAGAAAACUUACCUGGAGGUCAUUGUGUGUUUCCUGGAUGGUGGAUGAUGGAAAACCUAUUCUGAGUGAUCAUAGCUAUGAAGGAUUUGUGAGAAUCUGAUGGAUGUGGUAAAUAUCAUAUCUUCUGGCUUCUACAUCCACUUAAAGGUUACAGAACAGAAAAUACUCCACUGAGAAGAAUUUUCUAGUGGGCAAACAGUAUCUCCUUAUAUUCUGUAUCAUGACCCUUUCUGCCUCUCUGGAUUUCAGGAACAUUUCCCUGAGGUAUGGAGUUGUGAUGACUCUGUAUAGAAGUGGCACCACAGUCUUACUUUUGCUACGAGAAGGCUCCACUGCAUUUUUUU